GCUUGGAUCGGCUACUUUAACGACGUUAACAGCUGGAGGUGGUCGCUGACGGAUGAAGCAUUCUACCAAGGCUACGGGACCGGCUACAGGGCGUGGGUAUCAGGUGAACCGUCCAACUCCGGGGCUGUGGAGGCGUGUGUGGWGGUGUCCAGUACAGGUUGGAACGACGCACCCUGUAACAUCCUCCGUAGAGCAGUCUGUGCUACUGUGAGUGGUCAGACUGAAACUCUUACCCUGAUCACAACUSUAAUGACCUGGCCCCAGGCUCUGAGCUACUGCAGGGCCCACUACACGGACCUGGCCAGCGUCAGAAACUCAGACGAUAACAACAGAGUUAAAGGGAACAUACUGGAUGGAGGCUCGGUGUGGAUCGGUCUGUUCAGAGACCAGUGGAAGUGGUCCGAUGGAGACAAGGCCUCCUACACCUUCUGGGCGUGGGGGCACCCUAGCGGCCCCACACAGAACUGUGUGGCAGCAAACUUUGGGAACUCUGGACUCUGGACGGAACAGACGUGUGGCACACCAAAAGCAUUUAUCUGCCACUACGACCCCGUGCCUUUUUCAAAGCUUGUGAUCAAAAUAAAGCUGGUGAAAAACAACGUGUUGGACCUGAAGGAUGCUGCCGUCCUGGAGGACCUGCUGAAGAAGCUCGAUCAGGAGCUGGAGGAUCAUGGGGUGAAGCAGGAGGUCCAACUGAGCUGGAAGAGGCAGCUGGGAGGGAAGGUCUUCAGUAAAAUAUAACAUUACCACACCCAGUCAGCUGAUGUGUUUCCUGAAAUCCAGGUAAGUAAAGAUGAGACAGGACAGCUUCUGUCUCCAUGG